AUGGAAUUGUACACUAGAGAUCCACUUAGAAACCCUAAAUCAGAUAUGGUUUCAGACUAUACAAUAAAUUCUGAUGUUGUUGGCACAGAGCUUUCAACCCGCAUGAGUGCAGAAAUUGUCCCGAGAAAUGGAAACAUCGAAACUAAAUUGGCAAUGGCCAUAUAA